CCUCCUGGCCGCUGGGUGGCGCUGAUGGUCUGUGAUCCCAAAACGUCGUUUACCCCUUUCCUCUGUCGCUACGGUGGAGUUUAGACUUUGAAAGUGUAAUUCAUGCUGACUUUUAUCAUGAAGAAAGAAGCAGUGCAGGCAGCAGCCAAGGAGUUUCUGCAGUUUGUCAACAGAGGAGUGUCUCCGUAUCACGUGGUGGACGAGUGCAGACGGCGCCUGCUGGAGGCCGGCUUCACCGAGCUGAAGGAGACGGAGCAGUGGGACAUCAAGCCAGCCAGCAAGUAUUUUGUGACGAGGAAUUUCUCCAGCCUGAUCGCCUUCGCCGUGGGAGGAAAGUAUCUACCAGGAAAUGGCUUCUCCAUGAUCGGAGCGCACACCGACAGCCCCUGCCUCAGGGUGAAGCCGCGCUCCAAGAGGACGAAGCAGGGCGUGCUGCAGGUGGGCGUGGAGUGCUACGGCGGCGGCAUCUGGAACACCUGGUUCGACCGAGACCUGACGGUGGCCGGCCGCGUCAUGGUGAAGAGCGGCGGCCAGCUGGUCCAGCGCCUGGUCCACGUGCCCCGCCCUCUGCUCCGGGUGCCUCACCUGGCCAUCCACCUGCAGCGCGACGUCAACGACGCCUUCGGCCCCAACAAGGAGAACCACCUGGUUCCCAUCCUCGGCACGGCGGUCCAGGAGGAGCUGGAGACCGGAUCGUCUUCGUCUGGAGACACUUCCUCUGCCGCCAACACAGUCCAGGCCGACAAGCACCACCCCGCCCUGGUCAGGGUUCUGUGUUCGGAGCUGGGCAUCCAGCCGGACUCUCUGCUGGACUUCGAGCUGUGUCUGGCCGACACGCAGCCGGCGGCUCUAGGAGGGGUCUACGAGGAGUUCAUCUUCUCUCCCCGUCUGGACAACCUGCACAGCUGCUACUGCGCCCUGCAGGGCCUGUUGGAGUCCUGCUGCGCCGAUUCUCUGACCUCUGACCCCAAUGUCAGGAUGAUCACUCUGUUCGACAACGAGGAGGUGGGGUCAGAGAGCGCCCAGGGAGCGCAGUCCAACCUGACGGAGCUGAUCCUCAGCCGGCUGGCUGCCUCCGCCCACAACCCCAGCGCCUUCCAGCAGGCGGCGCCGCGCUCCUUCAUGAUCAGCGCCGACAUGGCGCACGCCGUUCACCCCAACUACACGGAGAAGCAUGAAGAGAACCACCGGCCAGCUUUCCACAAGGGCCCAGUCAUCAAGUUCAACAGCAACCAGCGCUAUGCUACCACCGCCGUCACCGCCUGCGUGGUCCGGGAGGUGGCGAGCCGCGUCGGCGUGCCGCUGCAGGAUGUGAUGGUACGUAACGACAGCCCCUGUGGGACCACCAUCGGCCCCAUCCUGGCGGCGCGGCUCGGCGUCCCCGUGGCCGACAUCGGAGCGCCGCAGCUGGCCAUGCACUCCAUCCGGGAGAUGUGCUGCACCUCCAGCGUGCUGCAGAGCACCACCCUGUUCAAGGGUUUCUUUGAGCUGUUUCCAUCCAUCAGGAACUCGCUGGUCGUCGACUGAGGACAGGACGACCUCGGUUCUCCACUUCCUGUUGAUGACAGGAAGUCAUUGAUUUUAUUGAUCAGCUUCAGAAAUAAAAGUUGAUGAAUCUGGA